AUGUCUUCCGACGAUGCUCCCCAAACGCCCCAUUACAAGUCUUCUUCCACCAGCUUCGCAGAUGUCUUUAAAACACUAGGCGUUGGUCGUCCCAAGUCGCAUUCACCUGUCUCGGUUCAAGAAAGUAGCAGUGACUCUUUAUCUCAUACAACAGAAGCUCGUGGUUCCAAUCGAAUGGUUUUAGGGCUCGAAUCUAUGCAUCGCGGAAGUGUAGUCUCAAACUCCUCGGAUCCGCACGGCGGCCUGGACUUUGAGAGCUCACUCCGGAAUCUCACGCAGAGACAAUCACUUGUCUUGGCGAUCGAGGAAGCUGAAAAUGUGGCUAAGGGGCUGUCAUGCCUCCCUGCGGAACAAUCAGUGGUAUUGUGGGAAGCAGCCGAAUACUUAUUACACCAUGAAAAUCCCGAAGCCCAAAGGAGCGCUGCGCGACUGCUAGAAGCAAUCUCUGCUCGUCAAGACCUAUCUCCCUCAGCAAGACAUCUUGUUUACGAAUCAAUCGCUCGUCCCACCGAUGCGGAAGUGAUCGCUUCAAGGGUCCAGUCCUUGAUUUCGCUAUCCGACCAUGGUAGGAAGCUCGAUUUUACCACGGAUUCGGUUCUUCAUGUUAUCACGGCGUGGAUAGUGCCUCUGUAUGGGCUCAUAGCCUCUGGUCGCUCCAAGGCCAAGAAAGGGAAGUCUCCAAAGUCCACUGCCCUCACUCAUGAAGAGACUGCCUUGGGGGAACUUUUCCAAUUUGCCGUCGACUUGGUUACUUUACAACGCAAGCCCCCUACGAAGGAGGAUAUCGAGUUUUUACUUGAGGAGACUAUUACUAUAUGCAAAAGGACCAGUGUUGCUGGAGACAUAAAGGAUUCCCUAGCCAUCUUUGAUGCGGUCAUCCUGUAUGCCGACGUUCCAGAUGUAAGCUUCGUUCCUCUUCUAGAGGUUCUCUGCAGCAUACACGCAUCCGUCAAGCCUCUCUCUGGUCCCACCUCUAGGGCGGUACGUAGCCUGGCAAAGUCACGAAGGCAGGAGGAGAUGGCGAACACGCUCCACGAAUUUCUGAAAGAGGGUUGCGGACCCGAAUCACAUCGGAAUAUGAAUGUCGUUCGCGGAGCGCUUUACUUGUUCUCAGACCUCUUUCGUGCGUAUGGGCAACCUGGUAUGCCAACCAUUUCUUUUGAGCAAUUGAUCGAAUCUUUGGAGAUUGUGGCUCGGAACGAUGAUGGUCGCAUUGAUUCGGAUAUUCUUGAUCUGUGCCUGAAUAUUUUGGAAGGCGAUUUCAUCUCAGUUGCUUUAAAGUCCGACUGGGCAAAGUUUGCCCCUCAAAAGGGCACACAUGAUGAUACCAAAUCGAGCAUUCUUGCGAAUAUGAUUCGGAUUGCAGCUGUUCUUGAAUCUUUCUGGGAUCUGCUCGGCCAGGAGCAAAAGCAACAUGCCGUUCGCUUUUUAGCAGAAUGUUUUCAGCAUAUUGAUCCCUCGCAGUCUGAACUGAUCAUCAAAAUGGCUCGAGAAGAUAAAACUUGUCAUCCUGGCGGUGAUGACUCGGAUUGGAUUCAACAUACCAAAAACCUAAUUGAGCGAUUUAUCCAGCCGCGAAAGCAAUCUUCUGACAUCCGGAUUCUGGCUCUAGACACAAUCAAAGAAGCAAUUGUUGGACAUGAAGCCCUUCUCUUCUCUGAAGAACAUAAUAUUAUGAACCUGCUUCUUCAAGAUUUCGCGGCUGAACAUGAUCUUCUCUUCUUGGAGUCCUUGGUCUCUUUCAUAACUGAGCCUGCAAUCCACAACAGCGAUGACGGUACUUUCAAACAAAUCAUUGACACCAUCAGUACGCCCAUGAAGCAUGACCUUGUUAAAGAUGAACACUCUGAAAUCUCACCCAUAUAUACACCUUCGUCUCGCCGGACAUCGACCAGCACCACUGAGCUUACUCUGGCGAACGUGUGUGCAGUCGGUCUCGUGAAGUUGAUGCUCCGAGCUUUGAAUUCCUCUGCCACGAAAUCAGUCAUCAUCUAUGAGGCGCUCCUACGAAUCGCACAGUCUCCGAAUCGCCCGACCGAUGCCCGUCUUACCGUUUUGAAGCUGCUCUUUCGUCUCCGUUGUGAUUCAGCCGGAUCUGUUUCUGUCAUCUCAACAUCCGAAGGGGAUUUCUUGAUGAACGUCUUGGGUCGAAACGUUGAGGUUGGCCACAAGAUGCGGGCACCUAGUGACAGUCCUAUCAAAGAGUCCCAGCCGGAGAACAUACCACCACUUCCGAAUGGGAAGCUGCCGGGCAAAGACCUUCCGCCUAGUCUCCUGUCCAAGUCUAUCCAAAGGCAUGGCUCGCUUUCAGCUCGGACUUCCAAAUUGACCCCUCCUGUAUGGACCUACGCUUUGCCACAAGUCCUCCCGGAGCAGCCUCCCGGAGAGUCAAGCCCGCUUGUCUUCGCGCACACUCAAACAGAAGCCAUGAGCCCUGUCGUUGAAUCUGCGCCAGCCCAAGUUGGAGUCUUGAAGGUCAAUAUGUGGCUUGAGAUUGUAAUUUCUCUCCUCCAGCGUGAGACUGAUUGGGAUGUCUACAGCUACGUCCUCACUCACCUUGGUCCGCAAUUGAGCAAUAAGGAGUUCUUCGCUAGUUCCAUUCCGCAGAUAAAACUCCUGCGCAGCAUCCUGUGUGAUCAGGUCAAGAACGAAACCUUCCACGAGCCUCCGGGCUUAACUGGUCUGAAGAAAAGUGAUGUGGCUGCUUGUAUUUUCGAUGCCUUGUGCAUGUUAAUCAGCUACCACGAGCAUUUUGCCAAGAGUGAGGAAGAUGACCUUGUUCGAGCCUUCAUGAUCGGCAUCAUCGGCUCCUGGGGCGCUACCUCACGAGGAUGCAUACAAGCGCUGUCUCUCUGUUGUUAUGAGAUCCCAGCAUCGGUCACAAAGUCUUUGAACGGCAUACUGGACAAAAUGGCCAAGGUGAUCACCAUGUCGAACCUUGCUGUGCAUAUUUUGGAGUUCUUGGCGCUGCUCGCACGUCUCCCUGAGGUCUUCAGUAAUUUGCGUGAAGAUGAAAUCCGUCCCGUCUUCGGCAUAUGCAUUCGCUUGUUACAAACCUCUCGUGAGCAACGUUCUAAGCCCUCCGAUUCGUCGCCAACCACUCGUGCAUCACAGCAAAACCAAAACCGACUCAGUGUGGGUAGUCGAGAGCUUACUAGCCCUGUGAAUAGUGUAGAUCUUGCCGAGAACGCACCGCAGGAAGCCAUGUCAAGCUACAUGAUGACUCUCACGUAUCAUGUCAUGAUUAUCUGGUAUCUGUCUCUGAGACUCCAGGAUCGGCCAAAGCAUGUGAACUGGAUCACCAGUCGGCUGAUCUAUCAUGAUGAACAUGGGAAAGAAGUUGUUGAAGAGCAGAGUCAAGUUUUCAUUGAUCUGAUGCAACGAGUUGCGUUUUCAGACUUGGGAGACACCGUCCCAUUUGAGACAUUUCCGCCAACCCCAGAACAUGGCUCGGUGGUCAAGAAGUCUUGGGUUGUGGGGCUGAGCAUCAUCACCGUUGAGACAGCCACUACCUCUGGCCUUACCCAAGUUACCAAGCGCCAGGCCUCAGGGACUACCUACAUUGAGUACCACCAGCGUACUGCCCCGGUUCUCCCACAUCAGGUGCCAUUGCCUUCCGACGAUACCAUACAUGGGGAACCACGUACAGCAGUUCUGCCCAGCCAUAUCAUGCUCCAGAUGACAACUUCCGCUUUUCCGACGCCUACUGUGAUGCAGCCAAUUCCCGUUCCCGAAGACGAUAUCACUCGCCGGGCAAUCGCCAGCUUUGAUCGGACGGACAUUGUGGAUGGCCACCGCAUUGGUAUAGUCUACAUUGAUAACGGCCAAACAAAAGAAGCCGAGAUUCUUGCAAACACAGGCGGAUCCGCUGACUACGGAUAUUUCCUAUCCGGCUUGGGAACCAGGGUGUCGCUUCGCAAUGCUCAGUUCAACACGCAAGGACUUUACGCUGAUACGGACGGUGAGGAAACGAUUGCCUGGCGAGACCGUGUGACGGAAAUCGUAUACCAUGUUGCAACAAUGAUGCCGACGGACCUCGAACGUGAUCCCGCCUGCAUCAACAAGAAGCGCAACAUCGGCAAUAAUUUCGUGACCAUCGUAUUCAACCGCUCCAAUCUGCCUUUCGACUUCGACACCAUCCCCUCUGAGUUUAACUUCAUCAACAUCGUCAUCACACCGAGCAGCCGCAUUGCUUACGACGAGAACGGCGUUAUCAGAGGCCAAAUGGACCCGGAGUCCCAAUGCUACAGCGUCCGAGUGAUCAGCAAACCAGGCUUCCCCGAAGUAUCGCCGGCCGCCACACCCAAGAUCGUCUCAGGCAAGAAACUCGCAGCCUUUGUCCGUAUCCUCGCCGUCAACGCCUCUGUCUUCUCUCUAGUCUGGAACAAUAAAGGCGCCGAGUUACACUCGUCCUGGCGCACCCGCCUUCGCGAAAUUAAGAAGGUCCGUGAGCGCGCUCUAACUAUGCAAGCCCAAGGUGCAGAAGCCGCAGAAGGAGCCUACCCGACUCAGCGCCGCAAUACGAAAGCGAACAUCUUCUCUGAGGAACUGCCCGUACGCGCAGCGCCUAUCCAGACAGACUUUGCCGCCGAAUGGAACGCCGCAUCGGAGACCAACAUCCUUCAGAACCUGGAUUUCUCGCGCUGGUCUCGCUAG